UAAAAUUUAAAAUUAAAAUUUUUUUUUACAGUGGCCCUAAUACGCUGUCAUAGGCGCUUGUCUAUUUUCCAUAAUGUAUAAUUAAGUCCUGUGUGCCCUAUUCUUAGACAUGUGAUGUUAUUUUCUUCUCUCCUUUUAGAACCAACAAUAUGGUCUGCUUUACAAAGUCUGCUGUUAAUCAUUUGAGAAACGCGUUGACUUGAAAUGUCCUCUUCUGCGCUCCCUACUAAACGCCUUGAACACGUGAUACAAACAUGCGAUUCUGCCGCGAAAUCUAGUUGUUGUUCAUGGCGUUAGCGAUUGUAGUAAACACUGCUCCAGUACUAGUGUGAGAUUUAUACAGAAAGAGUCUAAUAUAACAUCUUUAGUCUUUUUUUUCUAAUAUUAAUUUAAGUUUAUUAUUGCUGCUAUCAUGUUUUGUGAGAAGGCAGUUGAUCUAGUAAGAGAACUUCACCGGAUGAGUGAAGGCCAGUUACCUGCGUUUAAGGAAGACAGCAUUAGGCAAGUGCUGGAAGAAAUGAAAGCUUUGUAUGAGCAGAACCAAAGUGAUGUAAAUAAAGCCAAGGUUGAGGGCAAGACUGAACUGAUACCGACCAUCAAGUUUCGUCACUGCUGUUUGCUGAGAAACCAGCGCUGUAUUGCAGCCUAUUUGUACGACCGUCUGCUUCGAAUCCGUGCCCUCAGAUGGGAGUAUGGAAGUGUGUUACCCACAACAAUUCGAUUUCACAUGUGCGCAGAAGAGUUGGAGUGGUUUAAUCAGUACAAGAAGUCACUGGCUACAUACAUGAGGUCACUUGGGGGUGAGGAGGGACUAGAUAUAACACAAGACAUGAAGCCCCCUAAGAGUCUGUAUAUUGAGGUGCGCUGCUUGAAAGAUCAUGGGGAAUUUGAGAUUGACGAUGGUACAGUUAUACUCCUGAAGAAGAACAGUCAGCAUUUUCUGCCUCGAUGGAAAUGUGAGCAGCUGAUUCGACAGGGAGUUCUGGAACAUGUCAUGUCUUGAAAGAACAGAAUGCUGGGACUUGCUAAAAAAUGUUUACGUGCAUUAUCAGUUUAUUCAAUGUAUUUACAGAAUUCAAUGCAUUUAACACGUGUAAUUAUCAAACAAAUAAAUGGAAAAAAAUUAUACUUUCAGUGCACAAAUUGCAUAUUUCAUUGUUAAUGUCAGACAGAUUGUUCUUUUUUUAAAACCGUGAAGACAAAAAGGCUUCUAUAUAUAAAAAACUUCAAUAAAGUUACAACUUUUGCAAGUCUGUCAACACAAAUAUAAAAACAUUACAGUGGACUGUACAGUAGUGCAUCAUGAUUGUGCAAGUUUCAGGGCAACGUGUAUCAAAACUGUACAAUGGAAAAAUACUGUGCACUUGAUCAAAGUAUAUUUAACACGUGUCAUUUUAACCACUGAAUAAAUAAAGUAAAGUAACUUGAUAGACAU